AUGCAGAUUAUCAAUUCUUGCCCCACUCUAACUGAUUAUAUGCAAUCCUCUUUGAAUCAUUACUUUAGCAAGGAUGAUAUUAAAGGAGCUAUUUGGAGCAUUCCUGAUGAUAAAGCUCCUAGUUUGGAUGGAUAUAACAGCAAGGUCUACAAAUUAGCUUGGCCAAUCAUUGGAGAUGAUAUUACCUUAGCAGUUCAAGAAUUCUUUCUCACUAGGAAAAUGUUGAAGGUAUGGAAUAGUACAACUAUUUCCCUAAUGCCUAAAACCUCUUGCCCUACUACUCUUGGUAACUUCAGACCCAUAGCCUGCUGCCACACAAUUUAUAAUUGUAUUUCUAAGCUUAUAUGUUCUAAACUAAGUCCUGUUUUGAAGCAUAUUAUAAGUCAGAAUCAGGGUGCUUUUGAUAUCAUUCGUCAUUACUCAAGGAAGAGUUGUUCUCGUAGUUGCCUUAUUAAGGUGGAUUUGAGGAAGACUUACGACACCAUGGACUGGUUCUUCAUCAAAGAUAUGCUUGUUGCUCUUGGUUUUCCUAGCCACUUUGUGAAAAUUGGAGAUCUUAUGUUUCCCCUUCUUUUUGUUAUUGUAAUGGAAUAUUUGUCUCGAAUGCUUAAGUGUGCUAGCCUUGAUCCAGCAUUUAAGUUUCACCCUAGGUGUGCUCCUCUUAAGCUUACUCAUUUAAGCUUUGCUGAUGACUUGAUGCUUUUCUCAAAAGGAAAUGUUAAUUCUAUCUCUAUCUUAUAUGAAGGUUUGGAUCACUUUGCUCAAUCCUCUGGUGUCUAUGCUAACUCCUCCAAAUAUGCUAUAUAUUUUUUGCUGGCAUUUCUCAUGGGUAGCAGUCUUUUAUUUUGGAUCAUGUUAGCCUCAUUAAAGGGAAGCUUCCAUUUCGAUAUCUUGGUGUGCCUCUUAAUUCCAGAAAUCUCACUGCUACUGAUUUUGAAAAAUUGGUGGAUAAAAAUGACUUCUAAAAUCAAAGGUUGGCAGGGGAAGAGCUUGUCUUAUGCUGCUCGCUUGCAAUUGAUUAACUCAGUUUUAAUGAGAAUCACAACUUAUUGGUGCCAAAUUUUUAUACUUCUUAAAAAAUUUAUUAAGGCUGUGAACAUGGUUUGUAGAGCUUUCCUUUGGCACUAUGAUAGUAAUGAUCCUAAGCCAGGAAAUGUUAAAUGGGAGUCUUUAUGCAGGCUUAAGAAAGAGGGAGGCCUUGGUAUCAUACAUCUUGAGUUUUGGAACUUGGUUGCUGUUGGAAAAGUAGUCUGGCAUAUCAAUUGUACGCAAGAAUCCCUGUGGGUACGUUGGGUUCAUGGUGUCUAUAAUAAAGGGGAUAACUGGCUGAUUUUUAAUCCCCCUCCCACAGCCAGUUGGUCACUUAAGAAGCUUUGUAAGGUGCUGGAUAAGAUCAGAAAUUGGUUGGGAAUGGGUCAUACACCAUUCACUCUGUCUAUAAAGAUCUACUGA